AUGGCGGACGAACUGGAAGUUUCAAGAGAAGUCCCCAUCCAAGCUAAAAUUCAAGUCCGUGAUGUUGUAAAAGUAGAAUUUGAAAUUCAAAAUUUAGUACAAGAAAUACGACAGUGUGAUGGACCUUUGACGUUGUUGAAUGARCUCAACAUGAAAAUAAAAAUGAGGAUGAACUCGCUGAAGAUGAAYAUGGAGAAACUUGAACAACUUGCAAAAGAGCAAGACAAAGAUUCAGAUACAAAGGCUAUUUUAUUAAUAAAAAAUCAACACGACAGUGAGCUUAUAAGACUACAGUCAUCAAUCAGGAAAGCUAACUUAGCAUGUAAAGCAAGGAUUGACCAAACAGAAAGAGAGAGUUUAUUUUCUGGUCAAGCAUCCAGUCUUCGAAAUAGGAACUAUAACAAGGAGAAUUUAGCAGCAACCACAAGUAAUAUCACAAAGGAUUUGAUGAGUAUAGCAAGAAAUUCUUCAGCGACAGUCACUGAUACCCAAGAGGAAUACAAGGGUUUAAGUGGAGUAAUUCAAACAAGUAAAAACCUCCUUAAUAAAUAUAAUAGACGAGAGGUCACAGACAGAUUACUAGUUGUAUUUGGCUUGAUUUUGUUUGCUGUGACAGUUUUAUAUAUUGUCAAGAAAAGAGUAUGGUAACCUUGACAYAACACAGGGUCAUAACAUGGUCUUUGYUUUUURGGAUCAGUYUAGAAAUGAUACACACUGCUUAGUUGUUCACUUUGUUUACCAUCUGUGCAGCCGAUCAGUUAAUGUCAAUUUAUCUUUUGGUGCAAAGCAGCAAUGCCGAACUGCAAUGAUGUAGCUAUAUCUUGGCAAAAGACACAAAAAAUAUACCUAGAAACCAAUGAAACAAGCAUAGUGCAAAUUAUGUAAUAGAUCUUGUUUUGACCCUGUUUAUUUUAGUGACUUCCAGCACWAUGAAGUGAUAUAUUCAGCUUCUCUAUAGGAGCAAAUUGAAUUAUAUAAAGAGAAAUWUACAGUUUAAUGUAUUUACAAUCUGAAAUGACAAUUAUAUUUAUGAAUGUUUGAAA